AUGCAAACAUGGACGCUUGCUCAACUGCACGGCGUCCAGUCUAUGCUGCUGGAGAUCCGUGAUCUGCUCGCUAAAGAUGGCUCAGUGGAUAGUCUGGGCUACUUCUUAGUGUCAGGUCUUCGAUCGGAUUUUAUGGUGGACGCACUAGCUACACUUAGACUGGAAAUCGCCAAGGUACUGUGUUUCAUUAGACUUGUCUGA